AUGGCCCUCGAUCGACUGAAGCAAGCAGCGUCACACAUAACGGGAAUUGGAGAGCCUCCACACCCGUUCGAUCCUUUGAGUGAAUCCGAGAUUGAGCGCGCAGUCGCUAUCAUCAGAAAAGAGCACAACGAUGUGUUCUUCAACGCCAUCACGUUGUUGGAACCGCGUAAGGCAGAGAUGAUGAAAUGGCUAAAAGAUCCCGAGCACACACCACGACCACAUCGAGUUGCCGAUGUAGUUUGCAUUGGCCGCGGAAGCAAGGUGUACGAUGGACAUGCAGAUUUGACUGAAGGCAAGAUUGUCACAUGGGCAUUGACUGAUGACGUGCAACCACUUAUUACUAUGGAGGAUUUGCAAAUAGUAGAGACGAUUGUGCGGAAAGAUCCGAAGGUUAUCGAACAAUGUGGCAUAAUCGGUAUCCCACCGGAGGACAUGCACAAGGUCUACUGCGACCCGUGGACUAUUGGCUACGAUGAACGCUUCGGCACCAAAGUCCGUCUUCAGCAAGCCCUCAUGUACUACCGUCCACACGUUGAUGACUGCCAAUACACGUACCCGUUGGAUUUCUGCCCUAUCUAUAACUCCGACACCCAAGAGAUCAUCCACAUUGAUGUUCCACCAGUCCGAAGACCUCUCAACCAGGCUCCACCGAACAACUAUCAUGCAGCUGCUAUCGAAGCUGAAGGUGGGUUUAAGACCGAUUUGAAACCCAUCAACAUCACACAGCCGGAAGGCGUCUCAUUCAAACUUGAUGGGCGAUAUAUUAGUUGGGCGAACUGGAAGCUGCAUAUUGGCUUCAACUACCGCGAAGGCCUAGUCCUGUCCAACAUCACGUUCAACGAUAAAGGCACUGUUCGCGAUACCUUCUGGCGCCUCUCACUUGCGGAGAUGGUGGUGCCGUACGGUAAUCCAGACCAUCCACACCAGCGCAAACACGCCUUUGACCUUGGAGAAUAUGGUGGCGGAUACAUGACCAACUCGUUAAGCCUGGGCUGUGAUUGCAAGGGCGCAAUCCACUACAUGGACGCAGCAUUUGUCAAUCGCGCCGGCCAGGCAACGACCAUUAAGAACGCUAUUUGCAUUCACGAAGAAGAUGCCGGUAUUCUGUUCAAGCACACAGAUUUCCGCGAUGAUAGCGUUACUGUCACUCGUGCUCGCAAACUCAUCAUCUCACAGAUCUUCACUGCUGCGAAUUACGAGUACUGCGUAUACUGGAUCUUCCAUCUAGAUGGAACCAUUCAACUGGAGAUUAAGCUUACCGGAAUUCUGAAUACAUAUGCGAUGCUACCGGGCGAAGAUUUGAAAGGCUGGGGAACGGAGGUCUACCCUGGCGUGAAUGCGCAUAACCACCAGCACUUGUUCUGCAUGCGCAUAGAUCCAAACGUGGACGGCCCAGAGAACACUGUGUUUAUGGUGGACGCAGUACGUGGCGAAGGCGAAGUCGGCAGUGCGGAGAACAAGUACGGCAACGCCUUCUACGCGAAGAAGACAAAGCUCAGCACCCCUGAGCAAGCGGCGACUGACUACAAUGGCGCCACGAGCAGAACAUGGGAAAUGGCCAACACCAACAAGCUGAACCCGUAUAGUAAGAAGCCGGCUUCUUAUAAGCUGGUGAGCAGGGAAGUGCCUGAUCUGCUACCCAAGCCCGGAAGUUUGGUGUGGAAGAGAGCGGGUUUUGCGAGACAUGCAGUGCAUGUCACCAAAUACGAUGACACGCAGCUCCACCCAGCAGGCCGUCACGUCCCGCAGACCUCUGGCGAACCGUCUCAAGGCAUCCCCGCCUGGAUCGAGGCUAACCCCCACGAGAACCUUGACAAUACUGAUGUCGUCUUGUGGCACACAUUCGGAAUUACACAUUUCCCAUCGCCGGAAGACUUCCCCAUCAUGCCUGCUGAGCCGAUGACGCUGUUGCUGAGACCUCGCAAUUUCUUCACACGCAACCCUUGUAUGGAUGUUCCCCCUAGCUAUUGCAGCGUUCCGAGCGGCGUCAAGCAGGGCAGCACAUUGGUAGAUAAACUUUCUCGCCUGGCGUUUGGAGAGGAGAAGAAGCCUGAAAGCACUGCUGCUUCGACCUGUUGCUCGGAUCAGAAGUUUGGGGCAGUCAAGUCUGAGGAUGUUCUUGCCGGUUUCGACUGCCUACCAUCCGAGCCCGCAAUGCCCCGCGCAUUUCCACCCGUAGAGCAAAAUGAUAAAACGAAACGAGCAAACGCGCCUAGGAGCCCUUUAUCAGCAUCUCUUGUUGAGAGUAUAGCCGGAUUCAGCGCCGGUGUCGUCUCUUGCCUCGCCGCGCAUCCACUCGACUUGUUGAAGAACCGACUGCAGCUCAAUACACAAAGCCGAUCGCGACCUGGUGACUCGUAUCGAAUACUUCGAAACGUCAUCAAGGACGAAGGGGGCGUACGCGCAUUGUACAGAGGGCUAUGGCCAAACUUGUUGGGCAACAGUCUAGGCUGGGGCUUGUACUUCCUCUUCUAUGGCAAUCUGAAAGAACUAUUCCAAAGUAGAAGGCAAAAAGGAGAGCAUCUUGGGAGUGCUGAGUUCUUUUCCGCGAGCAUCAUUGCUGGUAUGUUGAGGAACGGUACUCUGAUGUGCCUUACUGACCGUUUGCUAGGCCUUCUCACUGGAGCUUGCACAAACCCUAUAUGGGUAGUGAAAACCCGUAUGCUUGAGCGCGGCGCGAAUCAUCCCUCUGCAUACAAGUCGAUGACCUUUGGUCUCCGUCACGUAUACGAAACUCGAGGAUUGACGGGGCUAUGGGCAGGCUUUUUGCCUUCGUCUCUGGGUGUACUACAUGGUGCAGUACAAUUUAGCAUUUAUGAGAAUAUGAAGAAGAGACGGGGAACACAUAUUGGCGGGCAAGAUAAGCUAAGCAAUUGGGAGUACGUCUACAUGAGCGGCGGAAGCAAACUACUAGCUGGAGCGAUCACGUAUCCGUAUCAGCCAAUAAGAGCGAGGUUGCAACAGUACAAUGCCGCUCAGCAGUACAACGGACUGCUGGAUGUGCUUAGAAAGACUUACCAGAACGAAGGAUUCCUGGCGUUCUACAAAGGUGUUAUUCCCAAUACGCUGCGAGUUAUUCCAACCACUGUCGUCACGUUCCUGGUUUACGAAAACACCAAAUUAUAUUUGCCAAAGGUCUUUGACGACGACGAGCAGCAAAGCCACGACGAAGACUAG